CCGCGGCGGAGGGGCGGGCGGCUGCGGCGGGGCGCGGCGGUUCUCCUCCCCUGCGCUGUCGCCGCGGGUGUGUGCGCACGGAGCCGUGUCGGUGCCCCAGCCGCCGCCGCUGCCGUUGCCUGCAAUGGCGUUGAGGCGCCGCGGCGGUUACUGCCUUCUGUCAGGCGGGCAGCGGCAGCGGCCGUUCUCCACAGAGGCGCCGGAGGAGGAGUGGGGGCAGCGCUGAGGCGGGAGGCUGGGGGAGCCCGCCGCGGUUCCUGGCUGGGUGAAAUCAGCUGUUAUUCUCCAGCACCCUCACUUACACUGAUUGGCCAGACUAUUUGCCUCCGGAUCUCCUGUUGAGUAUGGCCCUGCCGAAGGGCAGUGUCCCCUGAGAAAACCACUCCUCCAGCCCUGUCUGGGCUGUGGCCGGCUACAGAGAGUGGUGCUGCAGAAACUAUGUAACUUGGUUUUGUGCUCUGGAGCAAACAUGAUGAAAACAGAGUCUUCAGGAGAAAGAUCAACCCUCCGAAGUGCUUCUCCUCACAGGAACGCUUACAGAACUGAGUUCCAGGCGCUGAAAAGCACCUUUGAUAAACCCAAAUCAGAAGGAGACCAAAAAGCGAAAGAGGAAGGAGAGGGCUCGCAGAGCAGGGGAAGGAAAUAUGGCUCAAAUGUCAAUAGGAUUAAGAACUUGUUUAUGCAGAUGGGCAUGGAGCCCACUGAAAGUGCUGGAGUUACCCCGAAAUCCAGGGGGAAGGGUGGCCCUCCCUCACCCAAGAGACGAGUUAGGCCCAAAGAAUUUGUAGAAAAAGCGGAUGGUUCCAUCGUCAAGUUGGAGUCGUCUGUCUCGGAGAGAAUCAGUAGGUUCGAUACGCUCCACGAUGGGCCUUCCUAUUCCAAAUUUACGGAAACCCGGAAGAUGUUUGAGCGCAACGCUCAUGAAAUGGGACACUCCAAUCGCUAUUCCCCAAAGAAAGAGAAGGUGGUUUCCAAUGAGCUUCCAGAAGGGUGGUGCAGCUCCAAGUCUCAGAGAGGCAGCACAGACUCGCUGGACAGCCUCAGCCCCAGGACAGAGACUGUCUCGCCGACCGUCAGCCAGCUCAGCGCUGUGUUUGAGAAUGCCGAUGCGCACAAUGCGGUCACUGCAGACAAGUCGGAGAACAGUGAGGAGUACUCCGUAACUGGACACUACCCUCUGAACCUCUCCUCCACUGUCACAAGUAUCUCCUCCCCAGCUGCAAACCUUGAGGGCUUCAGCCCUUUGAAAGAUGGCAGCACAUGGUCUCCCCCAGCCAAGCAGAGUGCGGGCAUGGUGUCGCCUGAGAGCUGUCAGCAGAACAGCACGCUUUCAGCACCGAGGCAGAAGACGUCCACGGGCACUUUGGCAAGUUCAAAAACAGUUGAAGAAAUAAAAAAGAGUGCAGAGGCCAGUGCUGAUUCUCUUGAGAGCUCUGCAGCACAUCAACAGGAUUUGGUCAACGUGCUUGACAGCGAAAGAUCUACGGACAGCUGUGCUAGGAGUAAGUCAAAAACAGAGACAGAAGUUUUGUUGCAGCAAAAGGAACGGUCAGAGCACGCAGAGGGUGUCUUUGAUAGCCCUGAAGCUGCAGAAUUGCCAAGGAAUGCAUCUUCAGGUGGUGAUUUUGCUACAAAUGCUGUUUCAGAUGCUACUGAGUCCCAAUAUGAUGAGGCAAGUGAAAAAGAAGUGCAAGAAGAUGGAAGUAAUUUGCAGAGCUCCCAUGUGUACAUGCACUCUGACUACAGCGUCUAUCGGGUACGCUCCAGAUACAACUCUGACUGGGGAGAGACAGGGACAGAGCAGGAUGAUCAGGAUGACAGUGAUGACAAUAACUGUUAUGAACCUGAUAUGGAAUAUUCUGAAAUUAAUGGAUUGCCAGAUGAAGAUGAAAUCCCAGCCAACAGAAAAAUCCAGUUUAGCCGUGCUCCAAUUAAGGUUUUCAAUACAUAUUCCAAUGAAGACUAUGACAGGAGAAACGAUGAAGUUGACCCAGUGGCUGCAUCAGCUGAGUAUGAGCUUGAGAAGCGUGUGGAAAAACUGGAGCUGUUCCCAGUUGAACUAGAAAAAGAUGAAGAUGGACUUGGCAUAAGCAUUAUUGGAAUGGGAGUUGGAGCAGAUGCAGGCCUGGAAAAACUGGGAAUUUUUGUCAAAACAGUAACUGAAGGUGGGGCAGCAGAAAGAGAUGGCAGGAUCCAAGUGAAUGACCAAAUUGUGGAAGUUGAUGGCAUCAGUCUGGUUGGUGUUACCCAAAAUUUUGCUGCAACUGUUCUUAGAAACACAAAAGGCAAAGUCAGGUUUGUCAUUGGCCGAGAAAAGCCAGGCCAGGUGAGUGAGGUGGCGCAGCUGAUCAGCCAGACUCUGGAGCAGGAACGCCGCCAGAGAGAGCUGCUGGAGCAGCACUACGCACAGUAUGAUGCAGAUGAUGACAAGACAGGGGAAUAUGCUACAGAUGAAGAAGAUGAAGACAUGGGACCUGUCCUUCCAGGAGGUGACAUGGCUAUUGAGGUGUUUGAUCUCCCUGAAAACGAUGACAUGUUCUCCCCCAGUGAUGUGGACACCAACAAGCUUGCUCACAAAUUCAAAGAGUUGCAAAUCAAACAUGCAGUUACAGAAGCUGAAAUUCAGAAGCUGAAGACAAAGCUGCAGGCUGCUGAGAAUGAGAAGGUGAGGUGGGAAUUAGAGAAGACCCAACUCCAGCAGAACAUUGAGGAGAAUAAGGAGAGGAUGAUGAAAUUAGAGAGUUAUUGGAUUGAGGCACAAACCCUGUGUCACACGGUGAAUGAGCACCUCAAGGAGACGCAAAGCCAGUAUCAGGCUCUGGAGAAGAAAUACAACAAGGCAAAGAAAUUAAUCAAGGAUUUUCAGCAAAAAGAGCUUGACUUCAUCAAGCGCCAGGAAGCUGAACGAAAGAAACUAGAAGACUUGGAGAAAGCACACCUUGUGGAGGUUCAAGGCUUACAGGCUCGUAUACAAGACUUGGAAGCAGAAGUUUUCAGGCUAAUGAAGCAAAAUGGGAGCCAGGUUAACAAUAACAACAACAUUUUUGAAAGGCAGACAUCUUUUGGAGAAGUUUCUAGAGGAGAUCCAGUGGAAAAUCUAGAUACUAAGCAAGUGUCCUGCCUGGAUGGCUUAAGCCAAGAUUUCAAUGAAGCAGUGCCAGAAACAGAGAGGCUGGACUCCAAAGCUCUGAAGAAUCGAGCUCAGCUUUCAGUGAAGAACAAGCGGCAGAGGCCUUCCAGAACGAGGCUGUAUGAUAGCAUCAGUUCAACGGAUGGAGAGGACAGCCUGGAACGAAAGCCGUCAAACAAUUACAGUAGUCCCAUGCACAUUUCAAAACCACCACUGCCCUUAUGCAUGAGACCAUCCUCACCAGCAUCAGAUUCUGGUGCUUCCUCCCUGUCCCCCGUGGCUAGCAGUGCAGCAAUCUCACUUGACAACUUAACUGAAAACCAAGAAGAAGGACAACAGCACAAAGGAGAUGUCCUUUCCCUGCCAGCUCAGGGAGACACUCCACUUUCCUCUCCUUCCAAAUCUGGGCACAGCUCCGAGGCAUCUCCUUUGCAUCACCCAGCUGGCAGGAAUAUUUUACAGGACAAAGAUGGUGCCACAUGUGCUCAGGCAGCAAGAACAACUGGCCCUGCUAUAGGGCAUACAGAAAAGCUAAAGCGAAAGCUUGCAGAUCUUGGGGCUCCCUUGAGAAGGAGUUCAAACAAGGGCAAGAAGCGGAAAGAGAAAGAAGCUGUUAGGGUGACCUGUGGCAGUAGGAUGGCCAAGGAUGUGCUGCAGAAGCCAGCCAGCACUAAACCUUUAUCAGAGAGAUCCUCCUCUCUCCCACACUGUGUACCAUUCACAUGGUAUGGAGAGAGUGGCAAGGGAUCCAAUUCUUCUAGCAACCUGCCGUCGCCCACCAGCUCAACUGAACCUUCCUCUGAAAACAUAAGUCCAGCUAAAAAAGGGUCAAAGAAUUUCACGUUCAACGAUGAUUUCAGUCCCAGCAGCACGAGCUCAGCUGAUUUGAGUGGCUUAGGAGCAGAACCUAAACCCCCAGGUUUCUCACACUCCUUGGCACUGUCUUCAGAUGAGAGCCUGGAUAUGAUUGAUGAUGAGAUCCUGGAUGAGGGGCAGUCUCCCAAGCACAGCCAGUGCCAGAGCCGUGCCGUUCAGGAGUGGAGCGUGCAGCAGGUGUCCCACUGGCUGAUGAGCCUCAACCUGGAGCAGUAUGUGUCUGAAUUCAGUGCCCAGAACGUUAAUGGGGAGUAUCUCCUUCAGCUGGAUGGCAGCAAGCUCAAGGCUCUCGGUAUGACAUCUUCCCAGGACAGAGCAGUCAUUAAAAAAAAACUAAAGGAGAUGAAAGCAUCCUUGGAGAAAGCUCGCAAAGCUCAAGAGAAGAUGGAGAAGCAAAGGGAAAAGCUGCGGAGGAAGGAACAAGAGCAGCUGCAGAGGAAAUCGAAGAAGCCAGACAAGUGUUCGUCAGACGCGACAGAGGGCGCCAACGAGCAGUGACCGGCGGCUGCCCUGUGGGCAGGCAGAGGCACCUCAAGGGAAGAGAAGCUCAGAUCACUCUGGUGCCCCUGCAGCUUCCUUGUGCUGCUUGCAGGAGGGUGUGCACAGCGAAGCGGGGCUGUACAUAGAGUGCCCGGGCAGGUCUCCAUUGUGUAGGUUCCUUUUCCCUCAUACCCAGCUCCCACACCUUGCGGUGCGGUGUGGCACGAGCCCAGCCCCUCGGUUUGUUUCGUUGUUGUUGACAGCUGACAGAUUUCAUGUUUGUGUGGCAAUGUUUCCUUCCAAACUUCUCUGUUGAGCUUGGUGUGUUUGGUCACAUCAGUAACCAGCAUGAUGCUGAGGAGCACGGUCCACUGCUUCACCUCUUCUGAACAGGGUGGCCAGUCAGAAGGACUGGGGGACUUUUCUUCAGCUGAAUAGAAGGAGUUGUGCUCUGUCUGGUAAGAGUUGACUUCACUUUCUAACUGGAAGUUCAGAUUCUUCCCAGUGUUUGGAUACUCAACUCUGUCAACCAGAGUAAGUUUCGUCUUGGUCAGUACCUUGAAGCAACACUGCUCUGGAAACACAACUGUUCAGUGACGUCUGAUCAUACACUGGAGAUCAAGUCAGGAAAGUUGAUAUCCACCCUGGGUCAGAGACAGGAGGUGGAACUCUAUCUGUUAACUGCACAAUAACUAACCCAGGAAGGAGGCAAAGCCUUAACUGAUUCUGUGGGUUUACACAGAGAUCUGAGGAUAACAUUUAUCCUGCAGGUAUCUGAGCAAGGAGGAAUCUCUCUCACUAGAGCACAGCCUGUAGAUCUGUACAAAUCUCCUUGUGCUCCCGGUGUGUAGGCAACUUUCUUAUAGCACACUCUGCUUUCUUUUUCAUGUGUUUUGAACAGGAAACUGGGCUUACUUUCUUUCAGGGUUUGGGUGGUCUUUUUCCCCUCCCCAAGUAAAGCACCACAUCUUCAGAGUCCUUCUCCAGGAAGCACUGUGGAGAAUAAAAGCUUUGUGCUGCGCUGUUAUGAAGCUGUUGCUGGAAAUGGUUGUCAAACUGGAGUGUGCUAAAGAGGUGUAGUUCUUACAGAAGUGCACUGUAAGAAGAGGAAGAGGAGGGAUUCUGGUUGAAUUGUCUCCAAUGUUUUUAAAAUCAGCGCUGCCAUGGAGGUGAUGGUUACAAACUCAAAGCUGCCAUCUGUUAACUGGUUGGAUUGAUGUGUUUAAAGAAUAUCCCCAUAAACCCCAGAAUUUUGGGGCCUAGGCUCUAGAAUGUUUUGAUGGCUUAGCAGUGGUCAUGUUCCAUCCUUCAGAUUUCUCUCUUCCUGGUCCAUGAGGCCAUUGGCAAAGCCUGCAGUGUAGUUCUGGCUGUGUCAGCAGCAGUGUAGAGCUGGCACUGCAAGGUGUUACUGCCUCUUAAAAGCAGUGUUAAAGUAUGCAGUAUUUCUUCAGAAGAAUGGAGAGACACCAGGCAAACACCCACAAUGAGACGCCAGAGGUGUCAGCUUCCUGCUUUGCAGUCAAACUCAACCACACAGCAGCAUUUAUGGUGUAGAAACCUCACUGCCCUUUCACAGCAUCACAGAAUGGUAGGGGUUGGAAGGGACCUUGUAAGAUCAUCAAGUCCAGUCCCCCUGCCGGAGCAGUCUUCAUGUAGCCAGGCCAACCCAGAAGUCAUUUAAGAUCAGGCUGGAAUGCUGAACUUAAAACUUUGCCAGCAUAAAAAAAUGCAAAUGCUGGAGUUCUGCUGAAGAAAAUCUUUGGUUUAAUUAGGCUUGGCUUGUAUGGCUCUGUACUUGAUGGCAUUCAGAUUUGUUUCUGAAGCUCAGAUGUGGAACAGUUGGGGUGCAGUGUUUACAGCUCAAUUGCUUUUGGUCCUGAGAAUUAAUUUCUUUGACAAGUGAAAGGGUUUGUGGACUGAGAGAGCCUUGUUGCUUCAAAAUGAACACACACCAGAUCUACUUAGCCUUAGCUUGCGUUUUCCUUCCCAAUCCAGUUCCUACACCUUUCUGAUGUAUAUUUUCUUCAGGUCUACAAAUGAAAUUGCCCUCAAAGAUAGCUCCUCCCAUUUCUAAAGGCUUGGGAUAUUUUUGUUGAAAUAGGGAAAAUAAACCAAAACAGCAGCAAACACUUGGUAACAAGAACUCCACAUUGCAGCCAAUCUUUCUGUGCUCUUUGUAGGAGAAAAUAAUGCCAGAAAUGGUUUUUUUUAACAUGUUUAUAAAAUGAGCAUUCUGCUAUUUUAGGAGGUCAUCCAUUCAUAUGUGAGUAAGAGAGAACUGAUCUGGGGAAACUGGAAACUUACCUAUUUUAAAUACAAUGUUGACAAAUGCAUUCAGUGAUUGGGUUUGGUUUAAAUGACGUUUACACUUGUAGCCAUGUUGUAAGUGGUUUCUAUAUGAUCACCCAAAGUGUUGUGUCCCUGGUUGAUGUUGGGUUUGUGGAAGGCUGAGGAGACUUGCUUGGCAGUUCCAGGUUGAGUUUUCAUCCUUGCUGCUUAGAACUGUGUCUGCUUAGUCCCUUGGGAAAGCAGCUUCUUAUUCUGCUAGAGUAACUGGUUGGACUUGAUGAUCUUGGAGGUCUCUUCCAAUCUGAUUGAUUCUGUGAUUGGGCUUCGAUCCUUCAGGUAUUCAGGGAGGUUUUGUUGCUUUGUGCUAAGGUUGUUUUGUUUUUCAUGGAAUGUUAGGGGUGAGACCUUGAAAGAUUGAGUCCAACCCCCCCUGCAUGAGCAAAAAAAAGCACCACCAAAAACCUAACUUAAAACCCAACAACCCCAAACCAAACCAAAAACCCACCCUAAACCUAAGUUUAAAAAAACCCACCACACCAAAA